AUGUGUUUGGAUCAUCAGGCGAUUCCUUUGUCCUUCAUCGAACUCCUUGCUGACCCACUACCAAACACAGCAAAGCUCCAAGGCAGUGGAGGAAGAGAUUGGACAGUGAGCACCUUAGGUGAAGAUGAAGAAAUCAGCCAGAGUCUUCAUCCACUUGAGGAGGAUGAUACUGAAUCUGAUGCUGCUGCAGUUUUUGAAGGGAACGUCGACAUUAAAGCGCUAACUAAUCUACACCUCCCAACUACCCUCAAGAAGAGGAUUUAUGAACUGUUGAUUCCAGCUAAUGUUGUGAAAGAAAAUGACCUUAAGUUUGGUAAUUCCGUUAGGUACAUUGAUGAAGAAGGGACCUUGGUAGGGCUUAAAGGCAAAUGGGCAGAUGAAGAGUAA